AUGUCCGUCCGUCGUUCUAUAUUUUCAGCGGUCUUGGCCUUAUUGGCACUAGCGAAUACAACUUCGGCCAAUACAGAGGCCUGUUUGCCAACGAACGAAAGGGAAGAUGGGAUGAAUAUUAACUUUUACGAGUAUAUGUUAGGGGAUACCUCCACAUACACAGAUCCUGCAUAUAUGGGCUAUGGAUAUGCCAAUACAAAAAAUUUAGGUUCUGUUAGCGGACAGACCGAGCUUUCUGUAUAUUAUAGCUCCCCUUGUGACAGCAUUCCAACCUGUUCUGAGAAUUUGCAGCCCAUGAAACGUGACGAACAGCCCUGUGCUGAGACUAGUGUUGCAUUUACAAGACGUGACGAUGAUGACUGUGAUCCAGAUGCUGCCUAUUGGAGUUCAGAUCUUUUUGGCUUCUACACUACUCCAACAAACGUAACUGUGGAAAUGACAGGUUACUUUUUACCGCCAGAGAAUGGUUCUUACUCAUUUUUCUUCGAUUCCGUCGAUGAUUCCGCAAUUCUGUCAGUUGGAGGUGAGGACGCAUUUGAAUGCUGCGAGCAACAACAAUCUCCCAGCACAUCUACGAGUUUCACAGUGAACGGCGUUAGUGGCGACACCUCAUCUUCUUUGGAGGGGUCAGUCUACCUAUAUGCAGGCUACUAUUACCCAAUGAAGAUUGUUUUUUCCAACGCUAAUUCAUCAGCUACACUUCCAGUUGGUAUGACCUUGCCAAACGGUACCUUCGUUUUCGAUGACUUCGAAGGAUACGUUUAUUCCUUUGAUAACAACCCGGUUCAAGCUGACUGUACUAUUGCAGAUCCUGCAAGACAUACGAUUGCUGCUGUAGCAAGGACUAGGACCCUUCCAUGGACUGGAACGUACACAACAACGGAGAUGCAAACCUCUACCUACACUGGUCUGAACGGGUUAACCACAGAGGAGACAAUUUUUGAAAUUCAGACACCAAGUGUAGUCAACUCGUCCACUGCUACCAGCGGGUUUACUAGCAGUUCAGCGGGUCCUAUCACAACAGGUACGAUUAUAACUACUGGAACCUCCACAUUUGCUAUUCCAACAAGCAGCGUCGCUGCAUCUUCAUCUCAAAGCGAGAUCGUCAGUUCCGCAUUUUCUUCUAACUUAACGACCAGCAGCGUCGCUACAUCAUCUACUACACCAUCCAGUAGUGUUGCCACAUCGUCCACUACACCAUCCAGUAGUGCUGCUACAUCAUCCACUACACCAUCCAGUAGUGCUGCAUCUUCAUCUCAUAUCGAGAUCGUCAGUUCUUCCGCAUUUUCUUCUAACUUAACGACCAGUAGUGUUGCCACAUCAUCCACUACACCAUCCAGUAGUGCUGCUACGUCAUCCACUGCACCAUCCAGCACUGUUGCUGCAGCAUCUGCUAUACCAUCCAGUAGCGUCGCUGCAUCUUCACCUCAAAGCGAGAUCAUCAGUUCUUCCGCAUAUUCUUCUAAUUUGACUACCAGCUCUACUACGAUAUCAUCAGCCCAGAGUGAGAUUACAAUCUCUACAGUUUUGUCUGAUUCAACCAUUAGUUCUUCCGCAUCAUUCACUGGCCCAACUUUUAGUUUUGCAAUGUCUUCAUCUCUAAGUGAGAUUAAAGAUUCCUCCACACUAUCUUCUCAUUCAACAAGUAGUAAUACUGCAUUAACUAAAACCGAGGUCACUUAUUCGUCGAUACCUUAUACCGUCCCCGAUUCCAAUCUUCCUACAUCUCCUACCGAAACUGAGGUUACGAGCUCCUCCACUGCCACGGCAUCAUCUACUCAGCCUAGAGCCACAAGUUCUUUCAUAUCAUCUACGCGCAGUAUCACCCCUAUGUACCCCAGUAAUCAAACUCUGGUGACAAGCUCUUCUAUCCCUACGACCUCUGGGUUUUAUACAUUGUCUGAGUCACGCGAAUCGUCUGAGACUGGAGGUAAUUCUAUCUCGAAUGAUCCCAGAUUAUCUUCUUUAGAUGCAAAUGCCCAUACCGCCACGACAUCUAGUGAUUCGAUCGAAAUUUCUUCCGCACCUUCUCAAUCUGGAACCAUUAGCUCUUCCACAACGCCUACUGACUUGACCACUGAAGUUUCUGAAACAUCUAACGGUUUCACGAGAAGCACAUCCACAUCGGGCUCUUAUUCAACCACUACUGCCUUCGCAUCCUCAAGUAGCUUUUCAACGAGUGGCUCUAGCAACCCUCACGAAUCGGCAGUAUCUUCGAGCUCUUCUACCUCCAGCUUGACCACAUUCGCUUCCUCCAAGGCCUCCGAAUCAUCAUAUACCAUUCCAUUGACCGAUACAGCCACUGAGUUUUCGAAUAAUAAAUCAGAAUCCAUCAGUUACCCCACAACCUAUUUCAAAAGUCGUGAAACCACCGCUGUUUCAACCUCUGUUCCAAGCCUUUCUGAGCCUGCUUCUUUGUUGUCCUCUUCAUCCUCUUCUAUCUCUCGGUAUGUCACAUCCGGUAUUAAGAGCGAAACUGCCAGCACCACUGCUGGAGCAAAUACCUCUGUAGAUGAAGCUUUUGUUUCACCUUCUGUGGUCCAAACAAUCUCCAGUAACGAGGUUUCCUCUGAGCCAUACCAUGAUCAUACUACUACACCAAGUGUAACUUCCGUUCCUACAAAAAAAAGUGAAACUACUUUGGUCACCGUGACUUCCUGCGAAUCUGGUAUUUGUUCCGAAACUACUUCUCCUGCAGUCGUUUCCACAGCCACAACUACUGUUAGAGGCAUUGCCACAGAAUACGCCACAUGGUGUCCAAUUUCUACUUCAGAAUCAAGAGAGCAAACAACAAUAGUUACUGUUACUUCCUGUGAGUCUGAAAUCUGUUCUGAGACGGUUUCUCCAGUCAUAAUCUCUACGGCCAGAACUACUGUUAACGGUAUCACCUCGGAAUACACUACAUGGUGCCCUAUUUCAACCGCGGAACCAAGUCAGCAAACAGUAGCGGUUACUGUAACCUCUUGUGAAUCUGGUGUCUGUUCCGAAACUGCCUCUCCUGCCAUCGUUUCCACAGCCACAACGACCAUCAAUGAUGUUGUUAAGGUAUAUACCACUUGGUGCCCCAUCACAGCAAAUGAAGAAAGUGCCAAAAUCAGUGCUGCUGCCGGAAUUAGUGGUACUUCUACUAUCUCGGAAGCCACUAACACGAAAACAGGAGCUCACGGAAACGAAGUAUCUUCUGUUUCGGGAUCCAACUACGCUGAAGUACAGGCAUCUACUGCGGUCAAUACCAUAGCUGAUAGCAAUGAUGUUUCCUCUGAAUUGAAAACUGCUAGCACUGAGGGUUUAGGGGCGAUUUACUUGAGCACAGUUUCCCAGGAACACCGUGGAACUUCCUCAAAUGGCGCACUAGUAUCUAGUACUGCCUCUCUAGAAAUGUCAAGUUAUGUUGAUGAAGCGAAUGGUCUACUCACCAAUAGUGCCAUAAGUGUCUUCAUUGCUUCCGUAUUGCUGGCAAUAAUUUGA